CCGCCUGGCAUGGUGAGGUUGGCAACACUCGCGUUGUGGUGGAAUCUGUCUCUGCUCAACGAUCGGUCUGUCAAGUAGGCCCGUGCGCAUUGUGCAUUCGUAGUUUGUUGCUUGAUCAGGUCGGUUAGAUGGCCGAGUAAGAUGAUAUGUUCCUUCACGGUGCUUGGCGCCUAUUGCGAAAUCUAGCGAGUAUCUGCGUUCCAUUUCUCACACAAUGUCCCGCGAACGGACAAGGCAUUCCUGUCAUGAAACAUGGGAGGAGGAGCGAGCUACUGCCCAUCUUCUGUCUUCCAGUCUGCGGUUGCAGGCAGACACGAUCAUUGAUCAACGGGGACUGGUUCUGGACUCAGGAUGCUCAUUUCAAGACCGAAGUUCCCGAAUCAUCAGAUGGCGGAAGAAGACUGGUAGGUGAUGAGGCAGUCCGUUGCAGAACGUUGAAAAUUUUCACGCAUCGCCCAUCAUGCUUCGUGGUAUGCUUCUUAGGCACGAGCGGCAAGGCACUAAUGUCGGCGGCGGUCACUAAUGGGUGAGAAGUUAAGCGCUCUGAGAACUGAAAUUGAAUUAUGAGCCACAUUUACAGCGACCGGCUUAACCGAGGAUUGGGAAACGUCCUCCUCGCUGCACCAUAUAAUCAUAUCUGUUUCCUCGCUGUUCUCCGAAUAGGC